GCCAUCCUAACCACAUACAUCUUGCAUCUACAAACACUAACAAACCAGCUGAGCUCAUCAACAUAGACGUCACCUUCUAGCUUAACUACAUACUGACAUCUACCACGAGUAUUGGUAAUUACCCCGUAGCUAACUGUAUAGGAUUAUAACACACUGCUGGCCUGUGUGAAGAUCAGCGUUGUUCACUGUUGAUGCUGCGCACCAACGACUCUUGGCUCUUCAAUUGCGAUGGCUGACCACAGCCAGCUGCCUGGUGAUGAGCGGACACCCCUGCUCCGUGAUACAAUAAAUAACGAUCGCGACGAAAAUGGAGAAAACGAUGACCAUCUCAACCACCAGGUUAGAAUCUGGAGGCUCCGCCGUUGGAUAUCACUCAUUGCCAGCGCUUUCCUCAUAGUCGUUUUUAUUGUCAUUUUAAUUCUGUCUGGAGUACUGUCCCGCGCUCGACGGAAGCCCGAUAUGACUUCCUCUGUGUGUUUGACACCGGCCUGUAUCCACGCAGCGUCUGAGAUACUCUACAAUUUAUCACCGGAUUAUCAGACAAUCGACCCCUGUUCUAACUUUGAUACCCUUGUUUGUGCGGGCUUCGAUAACCGUUAUGACAUCCCAGCGGAUAAGAGUUCUUACUCAACAGGGACUAUCAUGUCUGAAAAUGGGCAAACUACUCUCAGACAUAUCUUAGAGUCUCCCUACCCAACCAAGUCCGAGCACUCCGCCUUUUCGCCUAGAAACCUCCUCAUGCGUGCUGCUUCCACUGACGAGGAAAACUUCCUCAUGAUACAGGAGGCUUACAAAGCAUGCAUAAAUGAGACGGCCAUUCAGAAGAAAGGGAUAGCUCCCCUGGUCAGCUUGGUAAACGAGAUUGCAGCGUCUUUUCCCGUCAAUCAGCUUGGCCAGACACUACAGGAAGGAGAUUAUGCUGCCCUGAGUGAUACCAUCCUACUCCUCGAGAGGUUAGGCGUUCCUUCAUUCAUGGGCAUCGGAGUUGGUGCCGAUGACAAGAACCCUGACGUCGUGAUUGUGCAAGCAUAUCCGGCAGGACUUACUCUGCCAACAGUUGAAUCAUAUCAGGACAAUGAUACCAUCUCCCUUUAUCAAUCUAUGCUAGAACAGGUUCUUGCCACUUUCCUUCCUACCUUAAAAGUAUCUGCCAAAGAGCUUGCACGAUCUGUUAUUGAGUUCGAGAAGAAGAUCGCAGCUAUAACACCACCCGUUGAAGAGCAGGCAGAUGUUACAAAAUACUAUAACAUUGUCAAGGCUAAUGAGCUCAAUAAAAUCGGCCCAGCAAUUGGGCUAGAGUCUAUAAUCAAUGGUUUGGUCCCUCAGGACUAUAAGUUGGACAGCCUUUUAUUGGCAUUUCCCGAGUUUCUAGGAAAUAUCUCAGAUAUCAUUUCUAAAAGCCCCAAGUCGACCGUGCAAAGCUAUUUACUCUGGAAUGUGGUUAACGCGUAUUCAUCCUACGUCGAGGGUCCCGAGGUCCAGCCAAUUCAUCAAUUUUCCAAUGUUCUAUCAGGAAGGGACCCAGACACAAAGGCUGAACGGUGGAAGACCUGUGUUGCCUAUGUCGAUAGUACCCUCGGUUGGAUGCUCAGUCGGUUUUAUAUCGAAGAGGCCUUUUCCGAUGAGGCCAAAAAGUACGGCGACCAGAUCAUUAUGGAUAUCAAGCAACAGUUCAUCACGAAGCUAAAUGGCUUGAGUUGGAUGGACGAUUCUGUUAAGAAAUUAGCAGCCAAUAAGGUACAUAACAUUGACCAGAAGAUUGGGUACCCGACAACAAGCCCAAAUAUCACGGACCCGGAGGCGUUACGAAACUAUUACAAUGGGUUGGUCGUUACCGACGCCUUCUUCAACAACGCCGUAUCGAGCAACACCCUAGAAACCGCUAGGACUUGGUCUGCCCUCGGGAAACCGGUUGACCAUGGCGAAUGGGGCAUGCAAGCCGAUACAGUCAACGCUUACUACAAUCCUGUGGGGAAUGAAAUCGUUUUCCCUGCUGGUAUAAUGCAGUUUCCUGUUUUCCAACUAGACCUGCCUAGCUAUGUAUCGUACGGUGCAUUUGCAUCGGUUGCUGGUCAUGAGCUUUCCCACGCAUUUGACAACUCUGGCAGAAACUAUGACGAGCACGGCAACUUCACAGAUUGGUGGACUAAGCACACUGUAGAAGAAUUCGACAAACGCGCCAGCUGCUUCGUGGACCAAUACAGCAACUUCACGGUCAAUGGAAACGACGGAAAACCCGUACAUGUCAAUGGUAGACUCACACUUGGAGAGAACAUUGCCGAUGCCGGCGGCGUCUCUGCGGCCUUUGCCGCUUGGAAGCAGCGGACCGAGUCAACUCCGGAUGAAAACCUGCCCGGACUAGACUUCUUUACCCAGGAACAGCUCUUCUUCGUCUUUUAUGGUAAUUGGUGGUGCGGAAAGAUCCGCCAGCAGGCAGCUAUCGAGCGUAUCUACAGCGACCCCCAUUCCCCAGCAUUCGCUCGGGUCCUGGGAACCACGGCGAACUCGAGGGCGUUCAGGGAGAGUUUCAGGUGCCCCGUCAAGGAACCUACUUGUGAACUAUGGUAAUACCUAGGUAGGAUAUGUUUGAAGUACCGACCUAGGUAUGCUAGUGGGCACAUAAAUUGUAUAACACAAAACUUGGUAAUCAUGGAACUUGCAAAUUGAACUAAUGUUCUUUGGCUUUCGAUAUAAUAUCUAUAGCAUACAUAGCUGGUAACCUAUCUACCUGCCUAGAUACCUAGGUAAGGUAGCUAGUAGUACAUAUAUUACAUUAACCAACGCGCUGGAAAUGCAAAAGAUUCCCAUGGAUUUUCUAUGUGCUCUCCUGAUUGAUGUAGUAUCUGGUGCCUACCUACCUACCUACCUACCUGUUAC